AUAAGUUGGAAGGUUUCGUGACGAAACUUUCGUCAGAGUAUGAGGUCGAGUUGAUUCAGAAAGUUUUUAAUCUUGUGGUUGUAGGUUUUGUUAAUCAGUGUGCUAUCAAAAUAUAUUGUUUUGUGCGUAGGUAACACUGCGUCUAUAACGAAAUAAUGAGAUGUGUAAUAUCUUGAAAAAUUCAUGAAUUAAUGAAUAAGGAAAUAUAUGCUGCUGUUCAUAUUACAUUAGUGAAAAUGUCACAUAUAUAUGAAUGAUUAGAGUAUCUUACUAAUUUAUACUUUAAUAACUUCAAAGAGAUAAAAGUUAAUUCGUAUAUUUUGCAAGAGAGAGAGAGAGAGAGAGAGAGAGUAACUGAUUUCUCAAUUUCCAUAAUUUCGACGAAAGAUGAUGUGUUAUAGCCGAAACGUUCGUGAAUCAUUAUAAGUUGGAAAUACUGUAAAGAUCAUUGAAAAAAUAGUUCAAUAAAAAAUGAGUUCCGUCUGGAAACGAUUACAACGGGUAAACAAGAGAGCCGCGAAAUUUCAAUUCACCGUGUCGUAUCAUGAAGUCAGUUUAGAAACGACAACAAAAUGGAAACCAAACAAACUAAGUGUUGUAUGGACAAGACGUAGUAGAAGAGUUAGUUCAGAACCACUAGAUUGGGAACCUAGCUUAAGUGACCCACUAAAAGGUGUUAUUAGUUGGGCAGUUCCUGAUAAUCAUACAGUUUCUGUAACUUUGUUUAAAGAUCCAAGGACCCAUGAAUUGGAAGAUAAAGAUUGGACAUUUGUCAUCGAAGAUGUUUCUUCUACUGGUAAAAGACGACAUGUAGCUGCAACAAAUAUAAAUAUGAAAAAAUAUGCGACAUUAGAAUCUAGUCAACAACAGCUUAAAUUGGAUUUGAAGCCAACAUCAAAAAAGAUUGUUAGUGCUGCACUAGAAUGUACUUUAUCUUGUGUUUUCUUAAGAGAAGGAAAAGCAACGGAUGAAGAUAUGCAGAGUAUGGCCAGUUUGAUGUCAGUUAAUAACAAUAGCGAUAUUGCACCUUUAGAUGAUUUUGAUAAUGAAGAUAUACCGGAAGACGUUGAAGAAAUAUCUGGAAAAAACAUUGAUGAAAUUUUAGAUAUCUCUGCUCAGCUUGACUUAAUGACAAGUAGUCUUACUGAAAGUGAAUUGCCUAGUACUCCAAUAAGCGUGGCAAGUUUAUCAAAAGAUGAUACUACUCCUGUAAAUGAUAGUGAUCACAUCAUGCGUGAUGUUAGUCUAUCAGGUAUUGGCGAUUCUUUCAAAGAAAAAUCACCCUUAAAGGAUACUAUUACUGUUGAAAACAAUAAAAAUAUUGAACAUAGUACACUAGUAAGAUUACCACUACAACCACUAGAACUAAAAAAGAAUGAUGCCAAUAUUCCUAGAUUAAAAGAAAUUACUCCGGGUCAGGAUUUAUUGGAAUGGUGUAAAGAGGUAACUAAAGAUUAUACUGGUGUAAAAGUUACCAAUCUUACAACAUCUUGGAGGAAUGGAAUGGCAUUUUGUUCAAUAAUACACCAUUUCAGACCAGAUCUUAUAGACAUAGAUUCACUAUUACCACAUGAUGUAAAGGGUAACUGUAAGAAAGCAUUUGAUGCUGGAGAAGCUCUUGGUAUACCUAGAGUAAUAGAACCAGCAGAUAUGGAUAUACUAACUGUACCUGAUAAAUUAGCUGUAAUGACUUACUUGUAUCAAUUGAGAGCACAUUUUACUGGUCAUGAAUUAGAGGUACAUCAGAUAGGUAAAACUACAGAUGAAUCAUCUUACAUGAUUGGAAGAUUUAAUACAGACAAUAAUUCAGAUGUAAGUGUGCAACUGUUUGGUCAGGAAAUAAUUAAUUUACGUAAAAAAGAUCAAAUGGAACAUAAAAAUAAUAAAACUGAUAGCAACAGACGAUCAAAUCCAUUUGAUAAUAAGAAAGAGGACAUUAAUAUUGAUUCCUUAAAAAAUAAGUUGCAUCUAAGUUUGAAUAUGGAAAAUCAAGAUCAUGAUCAAUGCAAUAAGGAUAAAUCACCAUCAAGUGUUAAGGAUGUUAAAGAUAUUAUACUAGCAAGUUCAAAAAGUAUUCUGGAGAAAGUAUUGUCACCAACUAAAGAAAAGUACUCAUCUAGAGAAAAGAGUAAAUCUCCACCAAGAAUAUCACAAGCACAGCAACGCCCUAUAUUAAUGACUCGUCGACAAUUAACAGAUCCUUUUGGGUCUGAUGAAGAAGAGGAAAAUAUUCAAAUAAUUGAUGAAAAGUGGUCUCAAUCAAUCUCAAUUAACAAAUCAGAAACAUCAAUGUAUAAUGAUUCAGUUAAUGUUUGUGAAAGGGGUAAUCGUACUGAAUAUCAGAGUGUAUCAUCACCACAAGGAGAACAACGUUCUCAACAUCCAUUAGUCAGUCGACAUGACGAAUUAAGAGAACGUGCCAGGCAACUAUUAGAGCAGGCUAGGAAUCAUACAAAGUCAACUGGCCUUAUUUCCACUGCUGCUUAUCCUAUUGAGAGCCAAAAUGAUGAUGAAAGACAGCAACAAUUACGUGAAAGAGCAAGACGUUUAAUAGCGGAAGUAAAAAUGGGUGUUAAUGUUACUUCAAAUCAAAUUAAUGAUGACAAUAAUAGUGAGAGACGAUCGAUAGAUGAUCAGAAUAAUAGUCCAAGACGUAGUAUCACACCGUCUACUCCAGGUGACAAAUUUAGUACAAAGUCUGAGUAUAAUGGAAACACUCUAGGAACUUCGAAUGUAAUAGAUGCAGAGAAAAAAACUGGUUCUCCUCUAUUCUCGUUCUCUAAGAUAAUAGAGAGAAUUUCACCAGAUAAAACUAGCCCUGAUGGUACUUCAUAUACACUCAGAGGGCUGGGAAAAGAUAUGACAUCAUAUAUUCAAAAUGAAUUAGAAGCAUUAGAAAGAGAACAAACUCAAAUAGAUAUUCAAGCUGGUAAACUUGAGAAGCAACUUCGAGCUGCAAUGGAAAGCGAUAAUGAGGAUGAAACAGAAAGACUAAUGUCUCUUUGGUUUACGCUUGUCAAUAAAAAAAAUGCAUUAUUGAGAAGGCAAAUGCAAUUGAAUAUAUUAGAAAAAGAAGAUGAUCUAGAGCGACGUUUUGAAUUGUUAAAUCGUGAAUUGAGAAGCAUAUUAGCAGUAGAAGAGUGGAGAAAAACUCCUGAACAAAAAAUGAGAGAAAAUUUACUGUUAGAAGAAUUAGUUUCAAUAGUAAAUAAAAGAGAUGAAUUAGUUCAUCAUCUUGAUACACAAGAAAGAGCUAUUGAAGAUGAUGACGAAAUAGAGCGAAACUUAUCUAGAGCUGGAUUAGCUCAAAGAAAUAAAAAUUGUAUGAUACAAUGAAAGAGUAAUUUUAUUCCUGUCAAUACGACGAAAGUGACAAGUACGAUUCGUUUUGCUGUGGGGUUGCCAAAGAAAACACAUAAUAAAAUUUUUCUCAAAGAUGAUAAAAUCGAGAAUUUUAUAAUCUGUAAAACAUUAAUAUUUAAAAACUUAUUUUAUACUAUGAACUGUAUACAAGUUGUACACAACCCGUGUUUUAUAUUUAUACAAAUUUAUUAAGUACUGCAUAAACAAAAUGCUACUUUUUGUAGUAGUUUUAGGUUCAAAAUAAAAACCGGUCCGUCGAAGAAAUACAUAAGAUCAAUGAAGCCUAUUACGAGGUUGCAAAGAUUAUAUGUAAAAAGAAUAUGUUGCUAGAAAAAAUGAAUUUUGGUUAUAGUUCGAUUUAUUUGUGAUUCUAAUGUCUUAUUAUAAAGGCAAUAGUAGAAAAAUACGGUACGUAUAAAACUGCUAAUUUAAAGAAGGUGCUUGAAUCUCGAUAAAUGACGAAAGAAUAUAAAAAGAAAUGUUGCAACAUAUAAUGUCAUAUCUGCAAUUAAGCAGUAUUAAAUAAUACAUAAGUAACUUGAAAAGUUACAUAUAAAGAUACAUAUGUCACUUGAGGAAGAAGAAAGAAAUUAGUUAUUACAAAAUAGUAUGGAAAAUUUUGUGAAAGAUUUUAAUGGAUUAUGUCUAUUUUGUGCCAUAUAAAAAUAUCCUAAUUUUUUUAUUCAAGUAAUCGUUUAUUUGCCUAUGAAAUAUUUGUCAUUUUAGCAUUGUAUAAUAUGCAAUUAUGAAUAGAAAGUAUCAUAUUCAUUAUUAAUUCCUGGGUUCCAUAUUAAUGAUAUAUGAGGCCUAAUUAAUUUUGUACAUUCAUGGAUACAUAAAAUAUUAUCGUAUAUUUCUUUUCCUCAAAAGUAAUGAAAUGAAUUAUACAAUAAUUAUUAUUUCAAAAUUUUAUUUCUAUUAAAUAUGCUUUUCCAGAUUCAUUGAUAUUUUAAUUAAUGUUAAAUAAAAUAACCAAAAAUUAAAUUGCCAAAAAUUCAUAAUUCAUUCACAAACUUAAGGACAAACAUAGGACAAUUAAUAUGCAUAUUCCAUUUAUCUAUAGCUUUGAUUACGUAACGCGUAAUUUUAGCAAUGUAUUUUAUGUGUAUAUACAGGGUAUCUUACACAACUGGGACAAGCUGUAUUCUUAAAACAGAGGAACAUGAAAGAGUAUGUUAUAAACGAAAAUUAAAUACUCUGUUAGAUGCUGCAAAUAUUUCUAUAUUGCCUCAAUAAGUUAGUCUACUUGAAAAGUGCUUUUCAAGAGGAAAUUCUGUUGUCUUGUAAUGCAAUUGUCUUGUGAAUUGUAAUAAAUUAUGUUCUUCAGGAACAUAUUUAUAAUAGCAAAAGUUGGUUAUAUUGAAUGUGCAUUGGAAAAAGGAUUUAUUAAUGAGCGUCAAAAAAAUUGAAGAAAUAAUGUUAUAUAGAGGCAAUAAUGAGUAAAUUGCUUAAACGUUAAAAUUGACAUUGAUUUAAAGAUAAAAACCAAGUAACUUACAGACUGGGUCAGUGGUAUUUCAAAAUGUGCUGGAAGGAUCCGAGGAUUUUGAGGAUCAUUUUAUAAGAUCCUGAUCUCAAAUGAACGAAAGUAUUUAUGUCCUAAAUCUAUUAGUUUAAAGAUUUUUUCAAUUUUAUGUUUAUUGAAUAUUUUUGUGUAUCAUAACAUUGCUAUUAUAGAAAACAGCUCAACUAUCUCAUUAAUUACUUUAUGAAAAAAUAUUUUACAAUGUUCAAUAUGAACAAUUGGUUCAUGUUUAUAGAUACAUAAUAAUGGUAUAUUACUACAUCUGCUAUAUACAGAAAUAAUAAAGAAAAUUGAAAAUUGAAAUAAUUUUUGGAACAUAAUUAACUUAAUAUUUUUUUAUAAAGAAAAAUUAGAUUGAUAUCCAUAAGGUAUAAAAUGCUAUAUAAAAGGGCAUAAUUGCACUUUUCAAGUGUACAAAUGUAUAAAAGUACAUAUAAAUAGUGUAGAAAUAUAUGAUAUUUUUUAGUAUCAUUCUAUUUUCUUUUUUAAUAUGAAUUUUUAUUUUCAACUGUUCUGAGGUUCUUAAUCAUAGACUUAAACAGCUCUUCUUAAUCAUAGACUUAAACAGCUCUUCUUAAUCAUAGAGGAGACAGCUUAUCUCAAUUGUAUAUUCGUUUAUGUUUCAAAACUAGAUAAGAAAUUUUAAGUUUGUACUUAGUAAUCUGCUACAUGUACACAAUAGCGAAAGCAUUGUAUCAACUGGUAGAAAGUCAUUCCUUAUACAAAAAUAAAUCGAAAAUGUUGAAUAGAACCUUUUUAUUCAAGAUUUGAUUUCUUUCUUGAAUCUAAUAAUAUGUGCAAAAUUUCGCAGACAGUUUAUAUAGAAACAAUAGGAACUAUAGCAUCAAAAUGGAUUUUCUUGACAAUUAAUGUAAUUUUAUUCUACAUUUUUGAUUUAUUUUUACAUAAAAAAUAACCUUCUAUCUACUUAAUAGUUCCUUCAGCCCUGCCCUGUAUACAUAUAUACACACACACACACAUGUAAUAAAAUGGAUUUAUUUAAUUAAUUUUUUAAAAGAAUUUCUAUAAUUAAUUUUUCAUUAAUGUCAUUAAUAUGGCUACUAAGAAACUGUAACAUCAGAGAUUAAGUAAAGAAUAAGUAUGCAAUGUGCAUAUAACAUAAUUCUUUUGCCUUGCAAUAUAAAAUUUAUUUUUAUUUAACAAUUUUAUAAUAUACAUAUAAAAGUAAUACUCAAGAAGCACUAAGCAACUGUUACUUUACAAAGUAAAGAAAUCUAAGCUAAUAAAACUUAGUUAACAUAAUAUAAUGGGAUUGGUGCAGGCAUAUCAUACUCAAUGUAACUGCCAUAAUCGAUCAUCAAAUACAUAGAAAGCAAUGCUUUCAUGAAAUAUGCACAUAUAAAAUAGAAUGUGCUUCAUGUUCCAUAAAUUCAGUUUGGUGGUAAAAAGUACUGAAUUUUACUUUUGAUGUUAAUAUGUAUGCAAACCAGAUACAUUUGAUUUCAGUAAUAACAUAUAAAAAAUAAUGAAAAAAAAUUUAAAUAAGCUAAGAAUCGUUUUUGUUAACUUUCAUGCGUUUCUAAUCCUUAUAUAGUGAAUGUUAUUGUACAUAAUAAAGCUUUACAAUAUUUUAAAAUAAUGAAAAUUUUUCAAUAUUCUUGGUAAUUGUUAGGACAUAUAUAUAACGCAAAACGUACCGAAAAAUAUCAAACUGCAAUAUUGAAACGUGACUGUUAAAUUUUCUUUACUUUACUGUAUCUAUUCUAAUACUAAUUUAUCGAAUAUCGUAACAGAAAAUGUCCGAUUUAUAUGACUAAUGUAGCAAUAAUUUAUUUCAAUGUCUGAAAAUAUUUAUAUCUGCACGUGAGAGCGGUAAAUUGUGUAUAUACAGGAUUAAUAAUUAUAAGACAUGUGUAUGUAUCACAGAGUUGUGAAUAUGCAGCGUAUCUCGUAAUAAUUAUUUAAUCAAUAUUGAAUUAAUAGUUCAAUAAAUAACAUAUUCUUAAGGCGAUUGAUAUAAUUAAAUUAGUACAGUGUAUAUGUUUAUUUUAAAAUAUAAAAUUGGAACAGUGAAAUAUUUAAAUUAACACAUUGCGCACGGCGCUAUACGCGCUUAACGCGCUCCCAGGCUCUCUUAGCGCGCACAUUUUUUAUCGACACAGAUCUAUCGAUGUACUGACUAUACUGACUGAUUGUUUUUACAUCCUUGGAAUGUCAACAUUCAGUUUUUUUGCUAAUCAUUUGUCACAAGAACGCAAGGCUUUAUUAUCCUGGUAACAUAACAAAAACAUUGGUUUCUGUUUGCUAAGUCAUCGAAUUGCUAAAUCGAAAAAACAUGAAAAUAUGAAAACAUUGAAAACAUAAAAAGAUAUCUCGUGACCCGUACGCAAUGUGUUAAGAAAUGAAGUUACAAUGUUAUAAAAUUCUCUCUUUCUCUCUUUCUUUUUCUUUUUGUACUUAUAUUAAAUUAAGUGCAAUAUAUCUUUAAUCGAAAUAUUAUAAUUAUAUUCGUUGCUUAAUUUCGAGAUACUUUGUAUAUAUGUUCCAACAUAAAAACGUUUUCAUAUUUGUAUCGUUAUGUAAUGUUGUACUAAAGUAACUUUAAUUUAUUUUAUUCGUUACUAUUAAAAAAUACUGACUACAAUAUAUUAAAGUUAUAAAAGCAAUGAUACAAUUUGUAUCGUUAUGUAAUGUUGUACUAAAGUAAUUUUAAUUUAUUUUAUUCGUUACUAUUAAAAAAUACUGACUACAAUAUAUUAAAGUUAUAAAAGCAAUGACAAUUCUUGCCAAUAUAAUAUGGAAAAAAGUUGAUUAACUUGUAAAUUAUUUCAUGUGAAAAGUCAAAUGUGUAGCAUGUCAAAACACAGUAGUUCUCCAUAAAUAAAAAGAAAUAAAGCACUACGACAAAACAUAAGGAAA